CCCUGCUUUAAAUGCUUGUUUUAGCCUAAAUACAAUGAUUAGCUAAUAUUUAAAAUUUCUUAAAAGAUAUAUAGAUUACAUUGAUUUCACAUAGCUUAUAUUGCGGAUGAAAAGAGACGGAUGAGAAUUUAAUUGGUUGACCUUGGAAUGUGUUCUGGUCACAUGACCUCCAAAACAAAAUGGAGAAAGGGGAGUUUGUGAAUCCUACGAAAUUCAAUGAAAGUACUUGAUUUUCCAGACAAUGUGAGGUUUUAAGGCAGCCACAAACAUGCAUUUCUCCAUUCCCGACACUACAGAUUUUAAGGAUGAAGGUGGAUCUUCAUAUACGAGUUUUAAUGUCCAUAUUAAUGGUGUGUUCCACUGUUCAGUCCGCUACAAGCAGUUGCAUAAUUUCCAUGAACAGCUAAAGAAAGAGUUCACAACAAAUGCUCUGCCACCAUUCCCACCAAAGAAAUUGCUGUCAUUGUCAGGGGUGCAACUUGAGGAGCGCCGCAUGAUGCUUGAGAGAUAUGUUCAAAUAAUCAGUCAAGAGCCAAGGAUUGCCAAUUCACAUAUAUUCAAUGGGUUUCUGCUCCAAGCACAACAGGAAACACAACAAGAAGCUCCAGAAAAUGUGACCCUUGAAGUCUUCCUGAUGAAUGGACACAAGAUCUCUAUAGACAUACAAUCAACUGACCAGACAGAUGAUGUCAUAGAGUCAGUAGCCAGCAACAUCAAUCUGCCAGAAGACUUUGCCUUCUAUUUUGGUUUAUACCUAGUUAAAAAGGAAGAAGGGGCAGAUCUUUCAAUUGUGAGGAAACUGCAGGACUUUGAGUCUCCCCACAUUUCACUGAAGGCAGCAAAUAAAGAAGGCGUUCAUAAGAUUGUACUAAGAAAAGGGUACUGGGACAUCAGCAUGGAUGAUGAUCUGUUAGAAGACAGGGUUGCCAUGAAUCUGCUUUAUGUACAGGCUGUGAGUGAUGUUGAGAGAAACUGGGUGAUGGUCACCAAGGACCAGCACAAACAACUUCAAACUCUCAAACAAAAAAGUUCUAAAAAGGAGUACUUAAAAUUAGUGAAGACCUUAAAAUUUUACGGGUAUAUCCAAUUUAAGCCAGCUAUAACAGACUACCCACGAUCUGGUUGUAGAGCCAUUGUCAGCGCAGGAAACAAGGAACUCAACUUUAGAAUACAGGAUGGGGAUGAGGUGAAGGAGGGAACUUUUAAGGUGACCAGAAUGAGGUGUUGGAGAAUAACCACAUCUACUGUAGAUGAUAAUGAUAGACUUGAGGGACUUCCACGUUUAGAGUUGGCCUUUGAGUAUCUCAUCGCUAGAGAUGAACUUAAAUGGAUCACAAUACUGAGUGACCAAGCAAUAUUAAUAAGUAUGUGCCUUCAAGGAAUGGUGGAUGAAUUAAUAAUGAAGAAACAGGGCAAGCGGGUAAAAAGGCCAGCUGAAAGGGCACGGAACAGAAGAACAGAUUUUAUAAAACGGGACAGCGCAAAGCCAUCGCUUCUUUCCUCCCCUGUUCUGAAUGAGCUGGGAGAUAAUGCUUCUGAGGCAGUUGACAAAGCCAAGGAAUCUGUCAAACGAAUAUCUCUUCCUCACAGAAGGAUUGUAAAAAAGGAUAAAUUAGCGGCUGCUGGCAUAAAGUCACCAUUAAAAGGCAAUAACAUAGGAGAAAAUGAUGCAUUUGAAGGUAUAGGAGAUGAUGACCUAUGACCCCGUAUAACAAUAAUGACAUCAGCUAAGGAGGUGGCAGAUUAUGUUAUAUCUUUUGUUCAGAGCUACUGUAACAAAAUCGGGACAAUAAAUUGUUCUCAUGCAGGCCAAACUUUGGACAACAAAUUGUUCUCAUGUAGGCCAAAAUUUUGGCAAGAAAUUGUUCUCAUGCAGGCCAAACGUUGGACGAAGAAUUGUUCUCAUGCAGGCCAAACUUUGGACAAGAAAUUUUUCUCAUGCAG